AUGAUGGACGCUUUCGAAGGUAUUUAUUAUGUUAUUAUUCGCGGUACAAAAGUAUUUGAUGCAUUAAAAUCAUUUGUUCAUAAUGAUAUACGAAUGCAUGCUGAAAAAUCUGACUGGUCAAAAACCCAGAAUAAAGUACUAUUCAAAGCUGACGAAAGGCCUAUAAGAUCCUUUUUUUGUCAAGGUUUUAAAGAUUAUCAUGCCGAUAGAGCUCAUAGGGAUAAAUUCAAAGAAAUUGAAAUUAGAUUUAAUAAUGGGAAUUUCUAUGAAAGCUUUCUAUCACGAUAUUACAACAGAAAUCCUGUACAACAACAAGAUAUUAUUGAUUAUUUGAAAUUUGUUUCUGAAAAAUUUCAUUCAAAAUAUAAUAUAUCAAUGGUUACAAGAUGUUUACAAAAAAAGACACUGCAACUGGAAGAUAGUGAGUACAUGGGAUUUCAUCAAACUGAACAAGAAGUCAUGGAGUUAAAAUUAAUAUUCACCGUUGAUUAA